AUGAAAGGGCAAGCUGUCUCCGGCUAUGAGCGCCUGGGAGUAUGGGAAACAAUCAAAACCUUCAGGAUUUGUACAAUGGUCUGCUUUUCCAUGGCAUUCAGUGCCGCUACUGAUGGCUAUCAGGUUUGCAUCAUCGCUAAUAAAGGAGAGCCUGCGCUCGCUUCACCCAUCCUUGCCAGUUGGAGCUCUAUCAUGUCAUGUGGACAAAUUGUCGGGAUGACAACACUGCCAUUUCUGUCCAGCAGGUACGGCAGGAAGAAGCCGAUGUACACAUUCUGGAUGAUUCUUGUGAGUAGCGUGCUUGCCGAGAGUCUUGCAAAAUCGUGGCAGGCCUGGCUAGUUGGCAAAUUACUUGCUGGCAUUGGGGUCGGUUGUCUCCAGUCUACCGUACCCCACCCACAUACAUACAUUGCAGUUGCGCCCAACCGGAUUCGCGGUAGUCUCUUGGUUCCUUUUUCGCCCAGGUCGCUCUGCAGCAUCUGGCUCACGACCUCACCAUGGACUAUCUCGAUUUACACGCAAUGGGCCCGGAUCGGGUUGAUGAUCCUUAUAUACCUUGUCGUCCCUGAGUCUCCAGCAUGGUGCAUUGGCGCCGGCAAGACCGAACGUGCUAGAAAGGAACUUCUCCGGCUGUAUCGCGGAGUGCCGGGUUUCAAUAUGGAACAACAACUUCAAGACUUGUCCCUGCUGGAGAAGUGGUAUUCUAUCUUUCGUGGGACUGAUGGCUUACGAACUAUCAUCACUCUGUGGACGAACACCACGCAGCAAUUCAUUGGCCUGACGCUCUUCAGCACCUUCGGUACCUACUUCUUUCAGCAAGCUGGUCUCAGCGAUUCCUUCAAAAUCAAAGUCAUUACCGCGUCUAUUCAAAUUGGAACAGUUUUGGCCCUAGUUACCAUUAUCGACCGUUUGGGCAGACGAUACUUAGCUUGCGGUGGGACUACAAUCUCGUGGGCUGCCUGUCUAGCUAUUGGUAUCAUCGGGGUCGUUCCCAAGGGCAAUCCGUCAACUUAUGUCUUCGUUUUCUUGCCUACCUUUAGAGUAAAUGUUGGCUUGGCCGCAAACGGUGCAACGGGGUGGGGGUAUAUUGGGGAGAUCUCAUCCCAGCGCUUGCGACCAUAUACCCCUGGCUUUGGUGCUGCUGUAACCUGCAUCGUUAGUAUCGUUAUAGGCAAGCUAGUCCCAUAUAUGACUAACUUCUACGCCGGGUUCUUGGUUCCGGAGACCUCCGGUCGUUCUGCCGCGGAGCUAGAUGAACUAUUCAAGAGAAAAACUAAGCCGCGGAGAUUCCACAAGAAGCAGACCGUGACCCAGCGCUUUAUUAACAUGAAGGGAUUGGAGGAAUCCUAA